CGCGCGCGGGCUCCCCCAGUCUCACGCUGUACCUUGCGACGCAGAAGGCAAAGGAGUUCGACCCGAUCUAUAUGGCCUCGCGCGACAUCAUCUGCAGGUACGCCGCCACCGUCUGGGAACAGAGGACGUCGCCGAGCAAGCUGCAGAAUGCCUGGGCGCACAUCACCACCCAGAUGGUGAGGCAGGACAAGGCGACGUGGACCUAUGCGAGAGGUCCGAUCUCGGCGACUAUCUUCACCCUUUGGCGCAUAGAUUGGCACAUGCACUCGUCGACGGUUCUGGCCAACGACAGGGACGAGACUUUCAAUCUCAUGGCCAUCAGUCCUAGAGACCUCAGAUGCCACCUGGUCGAGUCGAUCGAGCGAUGGCAAGGGAGGCGUAUCAUGUCUCGUUUCGAGCAUCCGUUGGGCGAGAAUGCUGCGCUGCGGGUUCGGGCCCUACGGCAGUGCAUUGGGGCCAAGCCGGCGGGGGUCCUGAAGGCCAAGUACGACAUGAAGCUGGCAGGCUCGGCGUCUUGCUUGGCGCGCGGUGCGCCGAGCGAUUCACCUGGGCGCAGGUUCUUCGGUUGCGAGGAGGUGCUGGCCCCAGCGGACGACACUGCGGUCGCGGGAGAGGUUGUGCCCGACAAGUUCGUGGAGAUCCGUGACUUCAUGCAUGACAAGGGACUGCAGACCUCGUUCGACGAGUUCGAGGUCACCACGGGCCUGCCGACGUACUUCUGGGGCGACUGGAACACCGACGAGCUGCAGAUUAGCGGCGGCUAUACCAGAAAUACGACGGUGCAGAUGGGCAGCUGUGCAAAUGUCGGCGCAGGGCUGGCGGUCGGCAGGUCGGAGAGGUUCGCGCUCCUCAUGGCUGCGCGGCAUUUCGGUACCAAGCUGGAGUUCGUGCUCACCGAUUUGCUGGCGCUGGAGUCGGAGGUCUACGAGGAGAUCUACAAGGCUGAGAUCGUGUUCGCCAAGAAGGUUGCCUCGCACAUCGGCUGGGCCAUGCAGCGCACCCUGAAGGUGGGCAGGUGGGAGCCAGAUGUGUCGGACGCACCGUUCCGUCUCAAGGAGGUCAAGCAGCCGCCCGUUCAGGUCACGUCCCACGUCGUUGCCAAGCUGCGAGAUGGCUCAUAUGUCUGCAGGCGCUGUGCGAGACGAACCAGUUCGGGGUCAACGGAGGCGUGGAACGUCUACCUUCGUGCCCCGUGCCUGGCCAACAGGGUGGACGAGCUGCGUGCGGAGGCCAUGAUCCAGUUCUGUGGUGCCACCAGGGUCAAGAUCUCUGCUGAAGGUCGAGGGUCAGAGACCAUGCCUGGCCUGGAUCGUGCUGCCGAGCUGCUGGCCUCCGAAUGGCACUCCACCGACGUGCACGUCUGCAACGGGCAUCGCCUCCGUCGUGCGGGGCCCGCCGUCUUCUGCGAGGUGUGCGUGGCAUGGUCGGGCGGAGGCGUGUCCAAGCAGCUGGUGGCCAGUUGCGGAGGAGCGCCCACUGGAGAGGGGAAGGGGAAGACCUACCUCUCCAACACCAAGUCGAGGCGCCAGUCGCUGAUGCACGCGACGAAGCGGCUGCUGGACUGCCUGCAGGUCUUGCGGGGCAUGCACCCCGCGCUGAUCCAGGGUGUGGUUCAGGCCGUGAAGUUCGUGCUGCGGCUGGCUCGAAUUCAUGACGGAG